AUGAGUUUGUUUGCUACUGCACCUAGAGAAACCCACCUAGUAGAAUUCAAUGCCGGAAAAUGUAUCGUAGAAGGCUCCUGGAUAAAGCCAGAUUUGAGGAAGGGUAAGGUGUAUAUGGAUCAGGGUGAUGAUCAGCUAUUGCACUUUUAUUGGUGUGAACGUAAACCUCAAGCAACACCAGAAGAUGAUCUGAUCAUAUUUCAUGAAGAAGCUGAAUUCACAAGAGUGUCUCAAUGCUCAACUGGACGCGUGUAUUUACUCAGAUUUAAAACUUCCAACGAACGUCAUUUUUAUUGGAUGCAAUCACAAAAGGAAGAAAAAGAUGAAGAACUAGUGCAACGUGUUAAUGAAUUGAUCCAUGACCCCGAAGCAAAUAUGAAUACUGCAGAGUUAGAUGAGUCAGCUUCUCAUGCCGAACUUAUGCGCCUUUUAAAUGGAGUUGAAAGUCAAGGUAUAUUCUGA